AUGCCUGGGUUGAGGGACUUGUUGAAGAAGAAAGAGAAGAUCGCCGAGGAAUCACAGCAGGAGCAAAGACCGAGCACUGAAGUGCCUGAGUUCAAGUUCCUCAGAACUACGACCAAUGCUCAGGAGAUCAUAGAGCCUCCUUCGCAUCCCGAAGAUCAGCAACAGCCUGAGAAGACUACACCGGUGAAAGAGAAACGACGCACGUUGGGCUUUCGCAACUCCUCGAAUGGCUCAUAUACCAAAGAUCCAACGGCUCUACCUGCUGCAGCAGAUGAAUCAAGCCAGCAGCUUCCAGUGAGAACCAAAGGAGAGCGCAGGUUGUCAGCUCGUCUACAUCUGCAUCGCAAUAGAUCGCGUUCAGCCUCAGGCGAGUCGAGCACAAACCUGCCAGAAGAUCUUCCCGAAGCGCCCGAAGCAGUUGCUGCGCGAUCGAGAGCCAACACUGAUCCCGACGAAGAGAAGGAGGUCAACGAACAGCGUGAAGCAAAAUGGGAGAAGCGAGCUACGAUACUGGCCAUGAACAGUCCACUGAAAGACGACCACAUACAGAGUGAGAAAACCCAAGGGCGGACUAGGAGCCGGAGUCCAAGCAUUUCGGACAAGACAGGCGAUGUCAAUAUUCAAGAGGCAAUACGGCUCCAUGAAGCAGGGGAUCUUGCGAGGUCAACAGCAAUGUUCGGAGCUCUUGCCAACCCAAAAGGCGCAAACAAUGCCCUUGCUCAAGUGCUCUACGGGCUCGCCCUGCGCCAUGGUUGGGGAAUACCAGUCGAGCCUGAAAAAGCUAUUCACUACCUGCAACUUGCAGCCUCAAAUUCCGCCAACAUAGAAGAACAGGCCCUCGCCUCGGGCAUGAAGAAAGGCGGUGCAGCCAAAGGCGAGCUCGUACUGGCAAUUUUCGAGCUAGCGAACUGUUUCAGGCACGGCUGGGGUAUAAAGAAGGACGCGGUAGCCGCCAGACAAUACUACGAAACGGCGGCCAAUCUGGGCGACACGGAUGCAAUGGAUGAGGCCGCGUGGUGUUACCAAGAGGGAUUUGGGGGCGAGAAAAACAAGUUCAAAGCGGCACAGUACCUACGUCUCGCGGAAGAAAAAGGAAGCAAAAGUGUCGGAAACAGUUGGAUUUGGAAAGAGAAGUAUAAUCCCAAAUAA